ACCUUCUCGAUUGGGAAGGUCUGAUAGCCUAUCUAUCUUAUCGCUGUCAAGCCUCCCUCCGGUUAUCAUCAAACCAAGGGUUCCUCCAUGGGGAUACUCUUGCCGACAAGGAAGCUCCCCAGAUAUGGCGAUGCCCUUUUUAAAGUCACCUACCUGCCCCUAGUGCCAAUGGCUGCCCAGGGCGUGGAUCUUCGAGGUGUCAUAACAAGGAACACGACCAGCUAUGAUCAUGGCAAAGGACGACGAUAACAGCCAAGUCUUUUCAGAAACAACCCGGGAGGAUGCCCGUUUGGAAAACUUGGGGUACGAGCAAGAGCUCAAGCGAACCUUCGGAUUGUUGGGGAUGAUUGGCUUUAGCUUCAGUGUAGUGACCUCAUGGACAGCACUAAGUGGUGUAUUCAUCGUCGGUGUUACAUCUGGUGGUCCUCCGGUCAUGGUGUUUAGUUUCAUCGGCGUGAGCCUUCUCACACUAGCAGUUGCUAUCCCCAUGGCGGAAAUGUGUUCUAUGUACCCCGUUGCAGGUGGCCAAUACUCUUGGGUUGCUGCUCUGGCGCCCCCAAGUAUUGCGCGUGGGCUUUCUUACAUCAGUGGCUGGUUUAUGCUCAUCGGUAUCCUCGCAAUGGGAGCAACUAAUAAUUCCAUCGCCGCCAACUUUGUCCUCGGCAUGGCCAAUCUUGUCUUCCCCGACUAUAACAUCCAGCGCUGGCAUACCGUCCUAGUAGCUUAUCUAGUGGCCUUCCUUGCAACAGCACUCAACAUCUGGGGUCCUCACCUCCUCAACCGCAUCUCCCGAUUCAUCUUGAUCUGGAACGUCGGCUCGUUUUUAAUAACCAUGAUCGUCCUCCUCGCCACAAACGGCAACAAACAGCCCGCGUCGUUUGUGUUCUCAGAAUUCCAAAACUUCACCGGUUGGGGAUCAGCAAUGGCAGCCAUCGUCGGUAUCCUGCAAGCCUGCUUCGGCAUGUGCUGCUACGAUGCCCCAUCCCACAUGACUGAAGAAAUGAAAUCAGCAUCCGAGGAAGCCCCCAAGGCCAUCAUUCUCUCUGUCGUGUUGGGCGCUGUCACCGGCUUUGCCUUCCUCGUCACUCUCUGCUUCUGCAUCGGUGACAUCAAUAGCACAGCCAAUACGACCACCGGCGUGCCUGUCAUCCAAAUCUUCUACGACUCGACAGGGAGCAAAAUCGGCACAUGCUUCCUGUCCAGCAUGAUCGCUGUCAUCGUCAUAAUUGCCGGGAACAACCUUCUGGCCGAAGGAUCUCGUUCCGUCUAUGCUUUUGCGCGCGAUCAUGGUCUUCCAUUCUCCGAUGCUUUUUCGAAAGUAGACAGCAAGCGAAAUGUGCCUGUAAACGCCGUGGUCCUUACUCUCGUCGUUCAGCUCGCUCUAGAUGCCAUUGACUUUGGCACUACCACCGGUUUCGAAACAGUCAUUGCUAUUUCUACGGAGGGAUUCUAUCUUUCAUACGCCAUGGCUCUAUUAAGCCGUCUACUUGGCUUCAUAACGGGCCAUAAGCCCCGAAUGAGUGGCCCCUUCGCCCUCCCGCAGUCUAUGUCAAUCGCACUCAACGUACUCGGCCUCCUGUUCCUCCUCUUCGCAGCCAUUACGUUUAACUUCCCUACUACCUACCCAGUUACGCAUGAGUCGAUGAACUAUACCUCGGCGGCUAUCGGUGUUAUUGCGUUACUUAGUACCGUGACGUGGAUAACAACGGGCAGGAAACAGUUUACAGGCCCGCAGGCCAUGAGCGUGUUGAAUGGGCACGAGAGGGAAGAAAGCGUGAGUGGGGAGAUGGUUAAAAAGGGAUAAAUGCUACCCUAGU